AUGGGAGACCUCAAAGACGGCGAUGCAACUGAAAUAUGGAAUAUGUCGGAACAGAACUGCUAUGUGGGCUUGACACAUGAUUUCCUCAACAUCCAAGAGGCGAUAGACAAGGUCCGCAGCCCCAUGGCCGGGGCAAUCGUCUUAUUCGCAGGAACCACAAGAGAUAACUUUGCCGGAAAGCCGGUUAAGGAGCUUCAGUACACGGCCUACAACAAACUGGCAUUGCGAUCAAUGUUAGCCAUUUGCAAAGACAUCCUCAACAAGCACGGACUCAAGGGAAUCUCCAUGAUUCACCGUCUAGGCACUGUACCCAUAGGCGAAGAGAGCAUCCUCAUCGCCGUCUCAUCGCCACACAGAAAAGCUGCAUGGCUGGCAGGAGAAGAGGCCCUAGAAGCAUGCAAGUCAAGGGUAGAGGUAUGGAAGAGGGAAGAAUUUGAAGGUGAAGAGGGCGUCUGGAGGGCAAACCGAGAUGGCGCCAUGGGACACAAGGUGGAAUCAUAA